CGUGAACGGAAGCAGCCUCCGUCAGUCAGUGACUGCUGCUUUGGAGGAAGGCGACUUCUGCGUUUCUGUGUUCCUCACGUGUACUUCACUCUCUUCCUCGCCGCAAGUCACAGGAAACAAAGAAAAGAAACUCUUUCGACGUGUACUCCACCUGAUGUGAAGAAGAAAGAGGGGUAACUGAGAGCAGACAAAAACCACGAGAAAUGGGAGCGUUCCGGGUGCUGCUGGGGAGUUUACAUUACAUGGGACUCUACAUACAACUUAGUAUCUCAAGGCAAGCUGGGCACGGCGAGAUGGAGAACCGCAUCUCUGGGAACGCUGUGUUCACUGAGGUGCCUCAUGAUAUGACUGCCCAGAGAGGUCAGGAUGUGGAGAUGGCCUGUUCCUUCAGAGGAGCAGGAACGCCCUCAUAUUCACUGGAGAUCCAGUGGUGGUACAUCAGAAACCAUCUCGACUGGAUGGACAGACAGCCCUGGACAACUAAUGAAGUGGCUCCAGAGGAGGAGACACCAAAGGAUGCUACAAAGAUAAGUGUGGUGAAGGUUGUAGGAAGCAACAUCUCCCAUAAACUCCGCCUCUCCAGAGUCAAGUCAUCUGAUGAGGGCAUCUACGAAUGCCGUGUUAUCGACUUUAGCGACCAUGCAGGUGCCCGCCACCACCGCGUCAGAGCCUACCUGCAGGUGGUGCCAGAGAGGGACAUCGUCGACAGUGAUCACAGUGACAAUUUCGAGGCUGUGGAUGAUACCAAGAGAGGAGUCGGGUUCGUAGACGGGGAUGGCGUGGAGUCUCACGGUAGCACCAAAGAGCACACACAUGGCCAUCACCAGAAUCAUGGGCAUCACCAGGAGCAUGGCAAGCGGCUUUCGUCGUCAGCUCACCACAGCCACAGCAGCAGCAGUCAGCAGCACAAGGAAGGCAGAGAGCUGAGGAAGAGGGACGUGGACAGUAACCACAGCCACAAUGACUGCACCAACGAACCGAGCUGUGCGCUCUAGAUGUCGGCUUAUUACAUGUGAGUGACAGAGGAUUACAUAACGCAAUGUGUGUCACAGCAUAAAAAGCUAUUCUUCCCACACAGUGCAGGUCUGUGUACAGUCCCAGA